CUCGUAUGUGGCCUGAGAAGACAUGGGUUGCUGUUGCAAUGUUGAUCCGAAGACUGGCUUUGAUGCUGACCAUCCUAAAGCAUGCCACAGGGUUCCACCACUAUACCUCACUUUAGCGCUUGUGCUGAAAGUAAAACAACUGUUUCGGUGUCGAGACGUCGUCUCACUUUCGAGACUUCUGAUUGGUCAGCCGCGACAAACCCUUCUCCCAUUGGCUGCCGGGACCCGUCUGGCAGAAGACUCGGGAGAUACGCGGCCAUGUUGUAAAAGUGUAAACAAACCUCAGGUGAGACCGUGAGAGACUUCUAAGAUAUGAAGAAAUUGAAGAGGGACACUCUUGACAUGCCCAUCUUAACUGGAAGUGAGCCCAUCCAAUGUAGAAUAAUGUUAUUGUCAAUUUCUGCUCUUAAAAUUAAAUAUUGACCUAAAAAGCUUGCCGUACUGUAAUUUUAUACAUCAGAAGAUUAGAGUGAGAUUGUGUGGAUGUCUAUCAUGAAAAGUACAAUUGUAAUUUGAUUGCAGCACUUAUGAUGUGAUUUUUUUCGUUCCUAGAGCAUUGUGGUUUUAGGUUAUGAUAACCAAGUCAUUAGCUCCAUACUUUGUGGAAAAUCUGAACAAAUAUAUGUAGUUACAGUGUUGCUGUUUUGCUUACUAAAGUACUUUAGUCAUUACAGUUACAUAUAAUGCAAGAUAGAAAGCUUGUAUUUUGUAUACAUACUUAGGUGCAGAAUGUAAUUUGAAGUCUGUUAAUUUUUUUUAAUGCAUUGCUGUAUUGAUAAGUAUUUUGUGGAAACACUUUUCCAUUUCUCUGAUUGUGUCUGUGAAUCAUAGUAAUCUAAAUAGAUCCUUGAUGUAACAAUUUUCUCUUUACAAUAUGAGCAAUGCUGUUUAUAACUCUAGUCAAGACUAAGGUAAUGAAGUAGGACAUAGCUUUUGUAGAAAAUGAAUAACCAGGAAAGUGAAGCGGUUCAGGAGUAUCACCAAGUUCUGGCUGGUGUUGAGUGUCAUGAUGGUUCAGACAUGGUCGCCAGCCUGGCCAUGGUCACUGAUGACAACUCUGUUAGUGGAGAUGUAUCAAGUGAAAUCAUAACCAGUGAUGUAACUACAGAAGUCAUAACGGGCGAGGAGAUUAUAACGGCUAACGAGACUUUAGUGAUAUCGUCGGACGGGGAUCUGAACAGUAUAAAAGAAGUCGAUAGUGCCAGUAAUGGAGACCCUCUGCAGGUCAACGAAGAAGAGAAGACGCUGCAAGAGCAGUUAGUUUUCAUCCAUCAGCAUGAUCAGCACAUAGAAGAGCAGCAGCAGCAGCAGAAUUUGCAAGUUAGAUCUCAGCAUAUCAUCUCAGCUCAGCAGCCUCAAGUCCAGCAGCCAGUUUUGACAGUGACGAAUACUCACCAGCAUCCUGUGUCUCAUGGAAUACCGAUAAGACCAAACAUAGGUGAUAUUGUGCCAAGUGUGUUGCCAGUAAGUACAAAUAAUUCAGUUCCUUCCAGCCUACACAGUAGUAUCUCUGGUGGACCUAUAUGCCCAAGUAACAUAUCACUAAAUUUACUUGCUAAUCCCUCAACUGUAACUACCACUGUUGAACAACCCAACAAUGGACCUUGCUCAUGUUUUGUUUGUGGACGUCACUUAUCAGAUCCCAGCGAAAGGUUUUAUUAUUUAAAAUCUCAAAAGUUAUUUAAUACACAAAUUACGUUGCUAGAAUUGUUGAGUGAUGUGUUGAAUCAGACUGUGGUUACAAAUACUGGAUCUGUGGAUUUGUGCUCAAGGUGUUCGGAACUGAUCAAUGAAACUGAUAGUGCUUACACCCAUCUGAACCGUUUAAAGAAGCAGAUAAGUAACUUGUUCACUGGCAAUCAACGUCCAAAGUUAACAUUCCAAGUGUUACCCAAAACUAGUCAUUUAGGGACAGUUGGGUUAAAUUCUGCUCCAGUAGUGUAUCACCCUCCAAAACUGAAUUUAGAUGAUUUAGCAGCUACCAGACCCAGACGGGGAAGGCAGCCCAAAAAAGUUGAAAUGCUCAAGAAAAACAAAUCAGAGUCGGCAGCAUCAGAGACACCUAUCGUGCAAAUUAAGAGGAAGGGUGGUCGUCCACGUAAGCCAUAUGCCUGUCACAUAUGCAAGCGCAAAUUCCUCACAAAGGAGAUGGUGGCCAGCCACAUGAUCAAAGAGCAUGAUAUGCAUCCUACAGGGUUGGUGAGACCUAUUUUAGGGGCACGAGAUUCACCAGAACCUGGUUUGGGAGUACAGGAUCAUGUGAAGAGUGAUAAAACCAACAACAAAAGUACACAAGUUAAACAGGAGCAAGAAGAUUCCAAGGAGAAAAGUGUGGUUCCCAUUAAAAGUAGCCCGUUGAAAGUAGAAUCUGUAUCUAGUAGUAGUCUGUCAAACACCAUUGUAUCUGUGACACAUACUGGAAUUGGGCGUUCCUUUACAACUGCUCUUAAUUCAGUAGAGCAGCCGAAGGUGGGGAUGGAUGCUGCAUCACAGUUGCUUGCUUCCAUGCGCCCUAUUCAGCCCAAACCCCAGACAAUGAUACAGACGGCUCCAGAUGGUUCAAUGGUAUUGUUAAUGAAUCCAACUGUUGUCGAUUCAUCACCAACUGUUAUCAAAGUAACGCCUGGAUAUAUGAACCUUAAACCAGGCCCUUACGCCUGUGAUAAAUGCAGGAAGACAUUCCUUGAUGAAAAGAGUCGUAAGAUGCACAGAAUAGCGGCCCAUGGUUUUAGGAAGCGGAAACGAGAUGACGAUGAGGACGAGGAAGAUGAUGAAUAUGGAGAUAAGCAUGAUGGCCACGAAAACUUAUGGCAUUGCCGCUUGUGCGAGAAUUCGUUCACAAGCAAGAAAGCACUUGCAGACCACAAAAAGUCUGUUCAUCCACGUUGCAGUGAAAAUGGUGGUGUUACUGAUGGGAGACAUCGUGUUCACCCUUGUGACGAGUGCGAUCAAAUAUUUAAUUAUAAAUAUGAAUUAGAACGCCAUCGAGAGACGCACGUGCCUUACACGCAGAUGGGCCCUCACGAGUUUGUGUGCUGUGUUUGUGGGCUGAAGGUUGCAAGUAAGGCAGCAUUGAAGAUCCACCUUCACCGUUUCCACAACAAGGAUGAAGAGACAAAGGACUAUCUGUGUUCUGAGUGUGGCUACAUGGCUUCUACCAAGAAAGCCUUUACCGACCACCAGCGUAUCCAUAGUGACGAUCCCGGUCCCAAAGCCAGGUGCACUAUCUGUGACAAGGAAAUGCUUGCGUCAUCUUUCAAGAUUCACAUGCUUCGCAUGCAUGGAGAAGCCAAGCAUCCCUGUGAUACGUGUGGUCUGAGGUUUACAGUGAGAUCGGACUUGAUGAGACAUCUCAAUACAACUCAUUCAACUUUGCGACCAUAUGACUGUGACCUGUGUGCAGAGAAAUUUAUUACCUCCGACGCCCUAAGGUACCACCGCAACAAAGUACAUUCAACUGUGCAUCAUUAUUGCGAGUAUUGUGGCAAGCGAUAUAAGUGGAAAGGAGAAUUGAGGACGCACAUUCAGCGCAAUCACAUAGAACGCAAGGAACGAUUUCAGUGUUCCCUCUGUUCCCGCAACUAUGCUGAUCGCCGGAAGUUGCGACACCACAUGACCACGAAGCAUAACGUUCCUAAGGAAGUUACUGUCACAUAUUAUGAGUGCAAGGGCAAUUACCAGCGUGAUAACAAUGUUUUAACCUACAAAGGAGUGGAGGAUCAGAUACCUAGUAGUGGAUAUGAACCCCAGGGCACAAUUAUCCCUUCGUCUGCACCCUCUUCAACACCUCACUCUUCUAGUCACCCCAUCCACCAACCCAUGAGUCAUUCGCAGGAAACUGUCCAGACUCAGACAGCCAUUAUUAGUGGACCCAUAUACCAGCACCAUCACGUCCAGCCAGUUCUCCAACAUCACCAGUCAGUUGUCAUCACAACUCACCCUGAUCAGCAGCAGCAGCAGCAGCAACAUAUGAAUCAUCUUCCGCCCCAAGCUCAUCUCCAGCUGAACCCACAGGGUCAUCCACAGCAGCAUCAACACAUAACUCCAAGUACGAAUGUUUAGAUAGCGCCAGACCUCAUUCCCUUACAUGAGUGGCAGGUGUCAGAGGCUAGGGAAAAAUGUUUAGACUAAUGGGGGAGUGAUUGUUGUUAUAAUUUUGCAUUAAAUGUGUGUGUACCUGUAAGAUACAAACCUCUUAUUUUAUUGAUAUAUUGCUUUGAAUCAUGCCUUUUUCAGAGGAAAAGUCAUCAUUUGAAGGUUGAAAUCUCAAGUCUUCCUCUGUCGUGAUUAUCCCUCACUAGGGUUUGCCCCAUGUUUGUGUUACCACAGUUAGCAUCAGCUUCCAUGGGUACUUGAAAUACAGACAUGUAGUUAGCAGUUAACUUAGCAUGGAUAGGAAAUACCCAAAAUCUUUUAAUGUAUUAUUAGUCUUUUGGAUAAACUCAUAAGAGUAGUGUGUACUUGUUAUUGCCAGAAUAUGCAGACAGCAUGCUAGUUACUUGUUAUUGCCAGAAUAUGCAGACAGCAUGCUAGUUAUCCUCAUUGUACUGUGGUCCCAGAAAACCAGAUACAGGCAGUCCCCGGAUUACGACGGGGGUUCCGUUCUUGAGACGCGUCGUAAGCCGAAAAUCGUCGUAAGCCGGAACAUUGUCAAAAAUCCUAAGAAAACCUUACUUUUAAUCCUUUAGGUGCAUUCAAAACUAUGUAAACUGCAUUCUUAUUGCAUUUUUCAUCAAAAAAACCUUUAAAUAUUGGUUAUUUUGCAUUUUUGGUGUCAUAUUUCAUCUGCCAGAUCAGCAUUUGUAGCCGUCGUAACUCUGGAGCAUGCAUCGUAACCCUGGAACAUGCGUCGUAACCCUGGAAAUAAUUUCUGAUGAAUAUAAUUGAAAAGCGUCGUAACCUCGGAACGUCGUAAGCCGAGACCGUCGUAACCCCGGGACUGCCUGUAUCCUUAUGUGGCAGGAACAUAUAUGAAAGCUAAACCCUAACUUUGUUUUGGAUGGGACCUCUCAGCUGUUAACUUUGUUGUGGGAUGGAAAUAGUAUUUUGUUAAAUUGCUGAAAUUGUAGCAAAUCUCUCUCCUUUUUUAUGCCUUCCUUAAUUCUUAGCAGCUGUGGACCUCACAUGCCAAAAAUGGCUUUUACACAUCUAACUUUUUUUUUUCCAAGUUAUUGCCAUGUGUGCGAAGAUACAGUAUAUGUCUACAGUAAAAGGAAAUUACACAAUAAUAUUGUACACAUAGGGACUAGAUCAUGUGGGCUAUAUAUCAGUUAUUCAUUGGUCAGACAAGUGACCAAUUCCAAGAUGAGUAAAUUUUUUUUUUUUUUAUCACUUAGUCAGUACAGUCUUACUUUUAAAAAUAAUUUUCCAGUAAUUCAUGUUUUACAUAUAUACUUUCAAUUAGUUGUAUGAAGAUAUUGCCUCAUUAUUCAUGGAGAUUUCCCACAGGGACAUGCAGGAAUUUUAGUUUAUUAGCACUGAUUAUUGAAGACCCAAAGUUGUUUUUGCUCCAGUAACAAUAGCUUAAGGUUGUAAUUUGGCAAACUAACUUAUCUUAAAUAUUUCAAAGGCUAACUGGUGGUAAACCAUUGUUGGAAUGAUAUAAGAAUCGGCCUUAGGCAGGAAAAUAGCAAGAAUGCAGCAAUAGCCCCACGCAUAUGCAGAGCUGGAGGUUGGUUAAAGACACAUUUGUUUGCAUUAAUUAUAGAAAUUACUGGAUUUUUCAAUUUUUGGAACUUUCAUUUUGUUUUCUGUUGUAACCAGAAAAUUUUUGAAAUACUGAAUUUUGUAAUGUAAUUGAUAUUAAGGAAUGUUUUUUCCUUUUUAUGUUUUACAGUUUAACCAAAAAUUGUCAGUGAAUUGUAGAAUAUGGAUUUUAGAGUUGUUAUAAUCACCUUCUCUAUUAUUAACAGUUGGAAAAAUUUAGGAAAAAUCUCUGUGGGAGCUGUUCAUGACAAAUCUAUGAGAAUCAAGUAUUUUCAUUGAGUGGACUGGUUAAACUACCUAAUAGUAUUGAUGAUAAUUAUAGUGACUGUGAAUAAGGGCUGUCCCUCUAGUGGUGGAUGGUACAAAAAGGGAAAGAAAAAAAAAGAUUCAAUCUUCAAUUGACAACUCGUCUCCUUUAAUAUGCCAGUGUGGUCUGCUUGGCACUGGCACACAUGAAAUAAGAGGUUUGUACUUACAGAACAGGAAGAUUAGUUUUAAAGUUUUGUUAUACAGUGGGGCAUCGCUUAAUUGCGGAUCAGUAAUCAUGGAAUCAGUCAUUCACGGUUUUUUUCUUGGACCGCUUCUCAUGCUAUAUCGCUGGUAUGAAUCGCAUCAUCACGGGACAAUGUGUUGCGUAUGCGAUGUUUAUCGGUUGGCUAAGCCUCGGCCGCGGUCCGAUAAUCACCAAUAUACAUAAAACAACUCACAUUAUGAUUCUAGCUGACAAUAAAGGUAAUAAAACUAUUCUCACCUUAUAUAUUAUUGGCAUAUCUUCAUAAUAAAUAGCCUAUUCAAGGUAGUAUAUGUAUGACAUUCAUUGGUAGGCUAAACCUAGUUGCAAUGCGAUAACCACCAACAUACAUGAACAGAUUCACAUUAUGAUAUUAACUGACAAUAAAGGUAAUAAAACCAUUCUCACCUUGUAUAUUAUAGGCAUAUCUCUGAAUUAAGUUCCAUUCGACAACUUAAAACAGUGAUGAUACUAUUGGUAAAAUUACAGCAGUUUAUUAUUUUAAGAAUGUAAACAAAACCAGAAUGCAAAUGGUAGAUUGCUAUGUUCAUAUCAUAAUACUAUAAUAUGGUGAUAAUACAUGCAAUAUGAUUAGGCACAGUAAAAAAACUGUUUUAUUAAAAUGAUCAUUAUUCUCAAUACACAACUAUUAUGUUUGGGAAUAUACGUAACAUUCAUUUUCAAUACACAAUAUCAUGGUUAAUCUGGUAGUAAACAAUAGUUUAAAUGAUCAUAUGUACUCUGCAUUGUCGGGUUUGUGGCACGAUGAAACAAACAAAUUAGUUUUCCUUUUAGGCUACGUGUUUAGAAAAACAUGAAUAGAAUCCGCUUUGCAACUUUGUUUAUUUUGAUAUUUUUAAUGAUACUGUUGAGUCCAGUGUUGCCAAUUUUGCAUUUUUAAUGCUAGCUUUCAUUUUCUUGAGGUAAUUAGCAAGAAAAUUUUCAAUCCAGCAUCUGGCAGGAAAACUUGCAUUGUUUUCAACUACAUCUAGCAUACGUAUUUUGACAUCAAAACUUUGUAAUAUUAAGUUUAAUAUGUAUUUCUUUUAUUCUACUAUGUUUGAUAUAUCAUGUAAGAAAAAUGACAAAAUCUUGCAAAACCAUUUUCUGGAAUUGAACAGAAUAGGUUUCGAAAUUAUUAGGAAUCAUGUAACGUAAUGUACAAGUACACUCUGUAUGUUAGAAACAUGUAUGUAUCGAAAAAGAGAGCAAUCGGUUGAAAUUGGUUGGGUGGCAUUGUUGUGUAUGAUGUGAUUUUUUAGCACUUUAUGGAGCAAAAUCUAGCAAGAAAUUGCCAUUCCCAUUUGGCAACACUGGCCUGCCUACGUUUUAUGUUGUUAUUGAAGUUGUGUUCGCCGCAUUCUUUAAAUUGUACCCAUAUAAACGAGUUAAUUAUGUGGCAUCCAAAAGCCCCGAUUCUUUUACUCUUAUGGGAAAGAAGCCUAAACGUCAGAUGAAGUUUAUUACGUGUAAUAUAUUAACAUGUGUUGUGAAGAAAAGAUGCCCACAUGAGCAUGCAUAUGUAGGCUUCUAGCUGUAAUCCAUAGGCUAGUAGGCUACAUGUACAGUAGCCCGUAUGCUACAUAUAUUUUAAAGGCUAAUGUUGUAAAAUAACUUUGAAACUAUCUUGAAUUUAGUUUAAGGGGAUAGUUGAAGACAUAUUUGGUGUUUGAACUAAAGUAGGCAGUUAUAAACAUUGGAAUAGUGGUCUUGGGUGGGUUAACUAUUAAAGUAGGCCGUUUUUAGCAAUUUUUGAGGGGGGUACCAGGAUAACAUGGGUAUUUACUUAUUACGGGGGGUUCUGGGCCCUAUCCCCCACGAUUAUCGAGGCCCUACUGUAUAUGAAACUUCCUUAUUUACUGGUGUAACCAGAGAGCAUUGGUUAAUGCUGUCAUCAUCUAUGAAGCAUUUUAUAUUCAGGAAAACAAAAAACCGAGGAACCCGUUUACUUACUUGAUUUUCCAGUGAAAUGUAAUGAGAAAACUUCAGUGAAUUUUAGUCAGGUCGUUGUUUGUGUUCCGGUGAAUUUUAGUCAAAUCACUAAUUGUGUGUUUCUUUUCAGUUACAAAACUACUACUUUGUUAUUGAGGAAUUAUCUACUCUUGUCUGGUGUAACUGGAGACUUUAUAGUAUGUCAUUGUUAAUGGUGAUUUAAAAAAUUUUAAGUUAUUUAAAAAAUUUUAUUUUAGCAGGACUGUGUAUACUAUUGCAGUUGUGGAAAAUUUUGGGGAUAAUUCUGUCAAUGUAGUCUUGUUUUCAGGAUUAUAAAUACAUUUAUAGUAUUCUUGUGUUAUUAUUAUUAUUAUUAUUAUUAUUAUUAUUAUUAUUAUUAUUAUUAUUAUUAUUGUUAUUGUUAUUAUUAUUAUUAUUAUUAUAUUAAGAACAUGAAAACGUUCAUGUAGUAAAUAUCUGCAGUUAUUUUUAUUAUUAAUAUUAUUAUUAUUAUUAUUAUUAUUAUUAAAAACAUGUGAAUGUUCCUAUAGUAAAUAUCUGCAAGACCAUUACCUUGCAAAAGCAAACUCAUAAAUCAGAUAUCAGAUAUGCAGAGAAGGGAGAGAAAUUACCAAGAUAUUGUAGUACGUACUUAAUUACGACUGGGUUUUGAUCAAAAAAGCAAAAACAAAAAAUAUUUGAAAUGCACACUGUAGGUUGGAACAUAUUCAGGCAUUAUUAUGGACAUUUUGUUUUUGUUUUUGUAAUGUCAUAAAGAGUGAUAUCUCAACGUAAUGAGUGCCAAGGGGCGUUGGUGUUUGGAUUUUGAUCUAAAGUAGGGUUAUAAGAUUCUUCGACCUUUAUACAGUUUUUUUUCAUAUUUAUGUAUAUAAAACUAGCAAUUUUAAUCUGCUGCAGGCUGCAUUGUAUUUAUAUUAGUGAGGAGGAAGCUUUUGUAACAUUUGCAGUUUUGUAUUCUCCACGUUUGUAGCAGUCAGAUUUGAAAGGCAUCAUCUGCAUUGUCUGAAAUGUAAACUAGUAACAAUUUGCAGGAGAGCCUUAAUGUAUCUCAUGAAAAAUGUGUCAGUAAAUAUCUCCUCUGACAGGUUUCAGUUCUCUUAUUCUUCUAAUAUGCAGUGCCAAAGGGAAGGUCUAGACUAACUAGGUAGUACUGACUGUGGCCUUUGGUUAAACAUUUAUGCCCGGUAUAGAACUUGUCAAUCAUUUUGUUAUCAUUACAUGCUAAAUGUAUAGUACUAUUUUCAAUUGCUUCCCGUAAAAUGUAAAAAACUAAUGAGCCAUCUGUGAUGGCAUCUGUAAGUAAAAUUUUGUCUACAGUACCAUUGUAUUGGUUUCGUAAAAAUCUGCAUCAUUCUUUACUGUGAAAAAUAUGUCUAAGAAUUGUAAUGUUCUUAAUUUGUAAGCAAUUUGUAUUUAUAUAAUAGCUGGGCUUUAACUAAUGGUCAGAAGGCAAUUUAAAGAAAGUGACUACGAUGUUUAGAUAUGAUUUUUAAUUGGAAAAUAUAUUUUUAUUUUUUCAUAAUUU